UCUCUCUCUCUCUCUCUCUCUCGCUCUCUCAGCCACUUCAAAGCUCUACUUGAAAGUGGGCUCGAGACAAGAGUUGUUGUUCUUUCCGCCUGGUGGUGCCACGCGCCGAGCAUCACUUUUCAUCAUCGCCAUGCCUCGAGGAUUCUUGGUGAAGAGAAACCGGCGCUGUUCAGCUUCAUAUCGGUCACGAAAUAACAGCAACAGCAAACCUGGAACAUAUGACUGUGACAGCAACAGCGGCGAUAACUCUCAGAUGACCAAGCUGAAGGCAGCGCAGGAGAGCGACGCGUUGAAUGUUUCCCCGUUUGAACGGCCGGAUGGACUGUUCCCGGCGUUCCGCGAGGACUCCGCCGGUGUCAGAGAGGCGUGGAGCCCGCACGUGGAGUCCGCGCUGGAGGCGGAGGCGGACCGGCGUGCGCAGUUACCAGAGACCGAGGAGCAGGUGAGCGAGGUGGACGUUUUAACUCCCGAUGGUGAUUUCUCCUACUCCUUCCCACCUCCUCCUCCACCUCCCCGAGAUUUGACAUUAACAGAGUCCUGCAGCCCCGUUAAACCGGUCGGCACGAGACUGUUAGAGCAGCACGAGGAGGGGGAGAAACAGCCGUUGUACCCCGGCAGGUGCCUGACAUCAUCACCAGUGUCGGAGUUACCGGAGCUGCCGUUCCUGGUGAGCUCCACGCCGACCUCGGUAUCGACUUCUUUCGAGAGGCUCCUCGCGAGCAGCAGCCGCCACGCGCCGUCCUACGGGCCCAAUGACAAAUAUGACCCGAAUAUGGGUCAUGUGCACUUGUUCCCGCCACUGACGCUGAUGAACCAGGAGCAGCACCAGGCAGCGAGAAAACGCUCGUUCCUUGAAGCGGACCAGCGCUUGAGCGGCAACAGGCACAACAAGCAGUCCGCGGGGAACCCGGCAAAGAAACCCAAAGUGAACCGGAAACUUAACUUUGAGGAUGAGGUCACGACCUCACCGGUUUUGGGUCUGCGGAUCAAGAAGGAGUGUCCCGAGCUGAGAAGACAGCGGGAGAAGUCGUCUGCUCCCGCGGGGAAUCAGCCGCUGGGAGAGUUCAUCUGCCAGCUUUGUAAAGAGGAGUACCCUGACCCUUUCUCCCUCGCGCAGCAUAAGUGCUCCCGCAUAGUGCGCGUGGAGUACCGGUGCCCCGAGUGCGACAAAGUCUUCAGCUGUCCCGCCAACUUAGCCUCCCACCGUCGCUGGCACAAACCUCGUCCCGUAAACAACCAAGGAGGAGAUACUCCGUCAAACAAGAGCCAGCCAUUAAAGGAAGCACGAGGGCUCAUUCAGCACGAGAGGCAGCCGGUAGAGAUGGAGGGCAAAGAGAACGAGCUGCUGCGCAUUAACACGAAUCAGCACCACGGAGCACUGGACAGCUCCUGCGUCAGGCGCGAGCCCUCCCUGCUGCUGCUUCACCACGGCCGGUCUCGCGACAGCCCCGACAGCGACAGCCUCGCGCCUCCUCACUAUGAUUCCUCGCUUCAUUACCGGAACCCGGCUGAAAGCUGUCUGGACCUCCAGCAGCAGGUGAGAGCGGCAGACAGCCCACCCUCGAGCCUCCUUCUACUAAACGGCAACCCAGACGAGCGCGCGGACCUGCCCCAGCAGCCGCCGCCGUCACUCCCGCAUCCUCCGUUACCGUUUGUCCAGUCGUUACCGGAGGAGGAAGUGUACGAGUGUCGGUACUGUGGGAAGAAAUUCCGCCGACAGGCUUACCUGAAGAAACACCUGGCUGCGCACGAGAUGGCAGCGCGAGCGUCUCCGCCCCCAUCAUCAUACGGCCAGGUGCGCGAGACCGGUGGCGGACAGAGCCAGGUGUUCCUGUGUCACCUGUGCGGCGCGCGCUUCCCGUCGGUUGAAAUCAGGGACAAGCACCGUCUGUGGCACGCGAUGAGGGACGACUUGUUGGCGGGAGCUCUGGGAGGAGGACUUAGACCAGACGUAUUCCACGCGCAAGGCGAAGAGAGCGGCGCCAGGGACUGCGAGCCGCAGCAGAUGUUCACGUGCAAGCACUGUCCGUCCACAUUCUUCAGCUCCCCGGGCCUCGCGAGACACAUCAACAAGUCUCAUCCCACCGAGAACCGGCAGGUGAUGCUGCUGCAGAUGACCGUGCGGCCGUAA